AUGGCUAACAAGAACGAUCAGGCUUCUACCAACUACAAGGAAGCGUUCUCGCUUUUCGACCGCCGCGGCACUGGCCGUGUGUCGGGCGACCUGCUGGGCGACCUGCUGCGGGCCUGCGGCCAAAAUCCCACGCUGGCAGAGAUCAGUGACCUGGAGAAGUCCAUCGGUGGUGAAUUUGAUUUCGAUUCCUUCCUGAAGGUGCUCAACCGUCCGGGUGGCUUCCGUGAACCCGGUGAGCCCGAGGAAUACUGCCGGGGUUUCCAGGUGUUCGAUAAAGAUAUGACCGGAUUCAUUGGAGUAGGCCAGCUGCGCUAUAUUCUCACCAAUCUCGGUGAGAAGAUGUCCGACGAUGAGGUUGACGAACUUCUCAAAGCGGUCGAUACCAGCUCAGGCGAGAUCAACUACACCGACCUUGUGCGCACGAUCCUUGCCAACUGA